UCUUCCACUGGAGGGAAGCAGUGUAUCAACACAGGAGUCACAAACAUGUCAGAAGUGAAGAAGAAUGACUUCCGGAAAUCACUGCAAGAGUUCCUGGGACGCUAGCGUUAGCUUGAUGCUAGGCUAACAUUAACACUGUAUGUAGAAGUGUUGCCUGUUUUCUAAUCGUUGCCAUGAAUUAAGACCGAACUGUCGACCCCCCUUUCAAUUAAACGUGUCGUGACCGGUUGAGGAGAGGUGUCAGGCAUGUACGCCACUGGGAAGUACAGCUCUCGGGGCCCAGCCCUUAUCCCGCGGAUGAAAACCAAGCACCGCAUCUACUACAUCACCCUCUUCUCGGUGGUGCUGCUGGGACUGAUUGCCACAGGGAUGUUUCAGUUCUGGCCCCACUCCAUAGAGUCGGCAGCUGACUGGAGCCUCGAUAAACGCAGCGUUCACGACGCACCUCUGGUCCGCCUGCCUGUGUCCAGUCCCAUUCCUGAGAGGGGUGACCUGGGCUGUCGCAUGCACACCUGUUUUGAUGUGUACAGAUGUGGCUACAAUCCCAAAAACAGAAUCAAGGUCUAUAUCUACCCUCUGCAGAAAUUUGUGGAUGAACUGGGGGUUCCCAUCAGCAGCACCGGCCUGUCUCGAGAAUACAAUGACCUGCUCAGUGCCAUCUCUGACAGUGACUUUUACACCGAUGAUGUCACCCGGGCUUGUCUUUUUAUCCCAUCUAUUGAUGUGCUGAAUCAGAACUCCCUGCGAAUCAGAGAGACUGCCCAGGCUCUGGCACUGCUACCCAGAUGGGACAAAGGAAUGAAUCAUCUACUUUUCAACAUGUUACCUGGAGGCCCUCCAGACUACAACACUGCCUUGGAUGUGCCCAGAGACAGAGCUCUGCUUGCUGGAGGUGGUUUCUCUACAUGGACUUACAGACAAGGUUAUGAUGUCAGCAUCCCGGUGUACAGCCCCCUCUCUGCAGAUGUUGAGCUGCCUGAGAGACAGCCUGGGCCAAGACGCUACUUUAUUCUGUCCUCUCAAACUGCCAUCCACCGAGAGUACCGUGCUGAACUGGAGCGCUUGAAGGAAGAAAAUGGAGAAGCACUGCUCCUCCUGGACAAGUGUAGCAACCUUUCACAGGGUGCCGCCGCUGCACGAAAACGCUGCUACAAGGGGCAGGUGUAUGACUACCCUCAGAUCCUGCAGGAGUCUUCAUUCUGUGUGGUUCUGCGGGGGGCACGAUUGGGUCAGGCUGCCCUCAGUGACGUGCUGCAGGCUGGCUGUGUCCCCGUUAUCCUCGCUGACUCCUACAUUCUGCCGUUCUCUGAAGUACUUGACUGGAAAAGGGCGUCUGUGGUUAUUCCAGAGGAGAAGCUGUCAGAGAUGUACACCAUCCUAAAGAGUAUUCCUCACAGACAGGUUGAAGAGAUGCAGAGACAGGCUCGCUGGUUCUGGGAGGCCUACUUCAGCUCCAUGAAGGCUAUCGGUUUGACAACACUCCAGAUCAUCAAUGACCGCAUCUACCCAUACGCUGCGCGCACGUACGAGCAGUGGAACAAUCCACCUGUGGUGAAGUGGUCCAGUGUGAACAGCCCUCUGUUCUUGCCACUUAUCCCACCAAGGGCACCUGGGUUCACAGCAGUGGUGCUGACCUACGAUCGCGUUGAGAGUCUCUUCCGGGUUAUCACAGAAAUCUCAAAGGUGCCCAGCUUGGCUAAGCUGCUGGUGGUGUGGAAUAACCAGAACAAGAGUCCUCCUGAGGAGUCUCUUUGGCCGAAGAUCGGUGUUCCUCUCAAAGUCGUGCGUACCAAAGAGAACAAGCUGAGCAACCGCUUCUUCCCCUACGACGAGAUCGAGACGGAGGCUGUGCUAGCUAUCGAUGAUGACAUCAUCAUGCUGACAUCAGAUGAACUACAGUUUGGCUACGAGGUGUGGAGGGAGUUCCCAGACAGGCUGGUGGGCUACCCAGGCCGACUGCACCUCUGGGACCAUGAAAUGGGGAAGUGGAAGUAUGAGUCAGAGUGGACCAACGAGGUCUCCAUGGUUCUAACAGGAGCCGCCUUCUACCACAAGUACUUCAACUAUUUGUACACUUACAAGAUGCCUGGAGACAUCAAGAACUGGGUGGACGCUCACAUGAACUGCGAGGACAUUGCCAUGAACUUCCUGGUGGCUAACAUCACCGGCAAAGCCCCCAUAAAGGUGACCCCCAGGAAAAAGUUCAAGUGCCCCGAGUGUACUGCCAUUGAUGGACUGUCCCUGGAUCAGACACACAUGGUGGAGAGAUCUGAGUGCAUCAACAAGUUUGCCUCAGUUUUUGGUACAAUGCCUCUAAAGGUGGUGGAACACCGUGCAGACCCAGUACUCUACAAAGACGACUUCCCAGAGAAGCUCAAGAGCUUCCCCAACAUCGGCAGCCUCUGACCAGCCUGUAACAGAUGUGUCGACCUCGUCACAGCCUCAAGACUUCAAAAUUCGUCACCAACAUCAUCUUUCAUAUCGGGACGGCAACAUUCAGACUAAAGUGGUGCAUGCGUGUUGUCCCCUCUCAGCUCAAAUUACUUUUACUUAGAUUUUUUGAGUUUCCAAAAUGAAUGUAAAACGCAUUGUACAGGAAAUCUUGAAUGAAAGAGGAUGUUGAAAUCUAGGGAUGGUGGUGAGUGUGAUGGGAAUAAUUAGGCUUAAAGUAAAUGAUUUUAUUAUAAAGGUUAACCAAUGCCAAUACCUAGACUAAAGUUACAUGAACUGCUACUGGAGUCUGAAGUUUGAUGGACAGGCUGACUGAUUGAGGUCUUGCGCUCCCUCACUGUUACUGAGCUGGAAACUUUGUGCUCCAGCUGCUCUGGAAUCAGCGUAUACAGUGUAUAUAUUUGUAUUUUGCAGCAGUGCUGUAUAAUAGUUAUAAUUUAUGAUGCACCAACUAGGAUUGUCUUUUUGUCUUUCUUUCUAUCUCUCCUUUUCAAAAGCUGACACAGACCUGAUUCUUUUAGCUGUACUGUCUGAAAAGGAAACGUAAUAAAUGUUUAAUUCACAUGAGAUAUAUUAAAUGCUUCAGUGACAUAUCUAUGAGGGCUUUAUCUAAUGUGAUAAAACCAAGCAUGGUGGCUAACAGAUGAUGUACAGUGAACGUCUCACAUACGGUCUGUUUUACACAAUCAGAUUGGGCCAGGCUGACGCCAUAAAUCUUAUUUUUCAGGGCGAGUAACUGCUGAUUUUGAAAUGUUGAUGCUAAGCUACUGGAACAUCUUGAAUUGUAAUUUUAUACUGCCUGAGCAAGCCUUUCAUUAUAUUAAUAUAUAUAUUUUAAAAAAAGGAGCGGAGCUAAUUGAAGCAUCCAUCUUUUCAUUUCAAGAGUUGAACAAGUGUUAUGUGCCAUGCCUUUGAAAACAUAAUGUACAGGGAAUAAUGGACAAAUCCACACUUUUCAAAACACGUGUAUAAACUGUUGAUGCAAUGCUUUUUUUUUUUUUUCUCUCCAUUAUGCCUGUUCUGUGUGUGUGUGUGUGUGUGUGUUUAUAUUUCUGUCUUUUUCAUCACCAUCUCUGGUAUGUAGGCUUCAACACUGAAAGCAGCGCAGUCUUUGACAUGUUAACUUUGCCUCGUGGUGUUUUUGUUUGCCCAAUUUCUUUUUUUUUUUUUCUUUUUUUUUUCAUAAGGUCGGGGAAAUUGUUUUAAAUUUUUUGACUGAGUUUAUGUAUCUAAGUGUAUAUAUGACUUUGUAAUACAUAAGUAAAGACCACACUAAUAUGUCUGAA